UACGUCAUAACCGCCGCCAAGCUGCGUGCUUCAGAGCUGCAGUUCCCUCGUGAGAAGUCCGGUAAUCGGACUAACUAGACUUGCACUGGGAAACUACGAGCUGUCAGUUCUCUUCAGGGAUGAGUCAUGUGGCGGUGGGAAAUGCAGCUGGACUGGACCAGCAGUUUGCUGGUCUAGACCUGAACUCUUCUGAUAAUAAUGAAAGUGCAGGAGGAAGUACAGCAAGCAAAGGGCGCUAUAUACCUCCUCACCUAAGAAACAGACAAGCAUCUAAAGGAUUCUGUGAUAAAGACAGUUCAGCUUGGAGUUGUAGUAAAGAUAAGGAUGCAUAUAGCAGUUUUGGGUCCCGUGAUUCAAGAGGAAAGCCCGGUUAUUUCAGUGAUCGUGGAAGUGGAUCAAGGGGAAGAUUUGAUGAUCGAGGACGGAGUGACUAUGAGGGUACUGGCAUUCGUGGUGACAGAACUGGCUUUGGCAAAUUUGAACGGAGUGGGCAUAGUCGUUGGUGCGACAAAUUAGAUGAAGAGGAUUGGUCAAAACCACUUCCACCAAGUGAACGCUUGGAGCAGGAACUUUUUUCUGGAGGAAACACUGGGAUUAACUUUGAGAAAUAUGAUGAUAUUCCAGUAGAGGCAACAGGCAAUAACUGUCCUCCACAUAUCGAAAAUUUCAGCGAUGUUGAGAUGGGAGAAAUUAUCAUGGGGAACAUUGAGCUUACUCGUUAUACUCGUCCUACUCCAGUGCAAAAACAUGCUAUUCCCAUUAUUAAAGAAAAAAGAGACUUAAUGGCUUGUGCCCAAACAGGGUCUGGGAAAACUGCUGCAUUUCUUUUGCCCAUCUUAAGUCAAAUAUAUGCAGAUGGUCCAGGUGAAGCUUUGAAGGCCGUGAAGGAAAAUGGAAGAUACGGGCGCCGCAAACAAUUCCCAAUCUCUUUGGUUUUAGCCCCAACAAGAGAAUUGGCUGUGCAGAUCUAUGAGGAAGCCAGAAAGUUUUCAUACCGGUCUAGAGUUCGUCCUUGUGUAGUUUAUGGUGGUGCUGAUAUUGGUCAGCAGAUUCGGGACUUAGAACGUGGAUGCCACUUGUUAGUAGCCACUCCAGGACGUCUGGUGGAUAUGAUGGAAAGAGGAAAGAUUGGAUUAGACUUUUGCAAAUACCUAGUGUUGGAUGAAGCUGAUAGGAUGCUGGAUAUGGGAUUUGAACCUCAGAUACGUCGUAUAGUUGAACAAGAUACUAUGCCACGGAAGGGUGUUCGUCACACCAUGAUGUUUAGUGCUACUUUUCCUAAGGAAAUACAGAUGCUUGCUCGUGACUUCUUGGAUGAAUAUAUCUUUUUGGCUGUGGGACGAGUAGGCUCUACUUCUGAGAACAUCACACAGAAAGUAGUUUGGGUGGAAGAGUCAGACAAACGGUCAUUUCUACUUGAUCUCUUAAAUGCAACAGGGAAGGAUUCAUUAACUUUAGUGUUUGUGGAGACCAAAAAGGGUGCAGAUUCUCUGGAGGAUUUCUUGUACCACGAAGGAUAUGCUUGUACCAGUAUUCAUGGCGACCGAUCACAGAGAGAUCGAGAGGAGGCCCUUCACCAGUUCCGCUCGGGGAGGAGCCCAAUUCUAGUGGCUACAGCUGUGGCAGCGAGAGGACUAGAUAUUUCAAAUGUGAAACAUGUUAUCAAUUUUGAUUUGCCAAGUGACAUUGAAGAAUAUGUACAUCGUAUUGGCCGUACAGGACGUGUGGGGAACCUUGGCCUUGCCACCUCAUUCUUUAAUGAAAGGAACAUAAAUAUUACAAAGGAUUUGUUGGAUCUUCUUGUUGAAGCUAAACAAGAAGUGCCGUCUUGGUUGGAAAAUAUGGCUUAUGAACACCAUUACAAGGGUAGCAGUCGUGGACGUUCUAAGAGUAGUAGAUUCAGUGGAGGAUUUGGUGCCAGAGACUAUCGACAAACCGGUGGUUCCAGCAGUUCUGGCUUUAGUAGUAGUCGUGCAAGCAGCAGCCGCAGUGGUGGAGGAGGUCAUGGCAGCAGCCGAGGAUUUGGUGGAGGUGGCUAUGGAGGCUUCUACAAUAGUGACGGAUAUGGAGGAAAUUAUAACUCCCAGGGGGUUGACUGGUGGGGCAACUGAAUCUGCUUUGCAGCAAAGUCACCCAUUCAAACAAGAUAAUAUGGAAACCACAUGUAACUUAGCCAGACUAUAUUGUGUAGCUUCAAAAACUUAGUACAUUGCCAGCUGUGAUUCUCCUGAAAAUUCAAGGUAGCUCAAAGUCACAAGAAGAAAUGAAAGGAACACUCAGCAGCCCUAUCCAGAAGUUGGUUUGAAGACUUAAUUGCUGUAGUUUGGAUUUAACUCUCCCCUACUGCUUAUUCCCACCCCAAACUGCAUUUAUAAUUUUGUGACUGAGGAUCAUUUGUUUGUUAAUGUACUGUGACUUAACUUUAGACAACUUAUUAUUUUGAUGUCCUGUUGGCUCAGUAAUGCUCAAGAUACCAAUUGUUUUGACAAAAUAAAUUUACUGAACUUGGGCUAAAAUCAAACCUUGGCACACGGGUGUGAUACAACUUAACAGGAAUCAUCAAUUCAUCCGUAAAUAUGAUAAGGAAGAAACUUAGUGGCCCUCAUUAGGACUUCUUGAUACUUGCAGACUAGGGGGAAGACGUCUUAAAGCAUAAUUUCUAACGUGGCAAAGUGCACUAAAUUAAAGUUCUGACUUGCUCACUCUCUCCUGGAUAGGCACUUAGAACCUUGUACUCUUUCUUAGCCAUUCCAGUCAUGAUGAGGAGGGUGGGAUUUGUGAAUACUGGUCACAUUUUUGAAAGCACUCUCUGAAGUUUGCAAGUAAAUACAGCAGUUUCUCAUUUAAUAUUUAGGCAGUUUAUUCUAAGCUAGGCAAAUGUGGGCAUAUUGUUACAGGAAAAGUUUAAAAAUACCACUUAAGUGUUUGGGGGAGGUUUCAUUUGAUUAGAAUUUUUAAUGCCUGCCGUAAAUAAAAUUGCAGUGUUAGAGUGGCUGACCAUGGCAGCGACCAGUCCUCAUAGGCCUGGUUGGAUUCUGGUCUUUAAUGCAUGCUAGUGUUGAUGUUUUUUGGUCAAGAGGUUAUGAACAGAACAGGAUUAUACAGCAGGCUUUAUUUUAAUGCAGAUUCACAUUGCUCUGUUAAAGCUGCGUUGAAAUGUUAAAAUGGCUUACACUUGUAGACUUUGUAAAUCUAAGAAUAACAAAAUAUAAUUCCUUGAGAUCACACAGGUUGGAAAUCAGUACUAAACUGCCAAACACACCAGUUCUAUAUGGUGCAGUUUUAAUGUAUUUUAGUUGCAUAGGUUUCCAUUGUAAUUAUAGUCUGUUUAUGCUGAAUUUGGCCAAAGAUGAUUGUCCACCACUAAAAAUGCCUCUGCUACUUGGAAUUCUGUGCCAAUUUUGGGGCCAGACUGCAGUGAUCUUUUAAAAACAAAUUUUCACAGUGGCAUAAGAAGUUGGCAAAAAUUUCUUAAAGUGCAAUAGAUUUUCAAGUGUAUUGUGCCUUGUUCUAAAACCUUAUUAAAGUAGGUGCACUUGACAGUAUUGAGGUCAUUUGUUAUGGUGCUAUUUCAAUUAGUAUAGGUUUAAACUCUUGUACAUUUUGCCCAUAACUUUUUACAAAUACUUAUUUUCUUGCACAUUCAGAGUUUUAUAUAUAUGUCUUGUGUGACUGUCCUCAGACUUCCAAUCUUAUUUUUUUCUCUUGGAGAUUGUUGAACGCAGCUUGUUAAGAACUAUAUUCUAAAAUUUUAUUUGGGACCACAGAAUGAUAGUUGAGAAGAAAACUAUUUGCACAUGACAGAUUUUAGAUACUUUUUGCUGCUAGUUUGUGUAAUAUUUAUUAAACAUUUUGACAAAUAUUUAUUUUUGUAAGCCUAAAAUUGAUUCUUUGAAAGUUUAAAGAAACUUGACCAAAAGACAGUACAAAAAACACUGGCAUUUGAAUGUUGAAUGUCACCACAUAUGAAAUAAUAUAUUUCGGGGUAGUGUGAGCUUUUAAUGUUAAGUCUUAUUAAACUUGAGUCAAAUUAAGCAGACCCGGCAUUGGCAGUGUAGCUAUUAUUUUCGGACAGAAUUUAAGACAGAACUGGCAACUUGAAAUUAAAACACGCCAAGGUUUUGAUACAAUUGUCUUUAAGAUAUUAAUGACGCACUUCUAAACAUUGAUAUGAAGUGUCCACAUUCUCAAAGGUUGUUUUGUUCGGUUCUGUGUUUUUGUUUGGUUUGGUUUGGUUUUCAGUGAUUGUCUGGCAUAUUUGUAAUCCUCAAACAUGUGGUUAUCUUUGUGUAUUGCCAUGAUCAGUGACUUUUACAUUCAGUUUCAUCAACCAGCAAUAUUUUCAGUAUGAGUGGAUUUAACUUGCUGAAUGUAAACAUUGAACCUCAAGUCACUGUAAGUUUAGUAAUUGCUUAUUGUAUUAGUUCUAGAUGUUAGCACUGCAUGUGCUGUGUUUAUUCUGAUUUUACUAAAAUAAAAAGUUGAACACAA